UGUCAUGCCGCAGUUUGUAGAACAAGUUCUAUUUAUUUUGUAAGCACGAUAGUCUAUUCAUUCGUAGUUCUGAUUCUGAUGAACGUGACACGAUGAUGUUUGAUUGGUAUGAUAUUCCACUCAUUAUAGUGUUUGUCUUUUUGACGUUAUAUUUGGGAAGUUUUAACAAAUGGAUCGCCUUUUCUUCGUGCGCAGCGAUUAUCGCGUUUUAUGUCUCGGAACAUGUUUUCCAAAGAAAAAAGAUGAUGACUAUCAGAGGCAAGCACGUGGUCGUGACUGGAGGCUCCAGCGGUAUCGGAAAAUGUGUAGCGAUUCUCGCUGCAGAAAAGGGAGCAAAUAUAACGAUAAUCGCGAGGAAUGUGCAGAAUUUAGAGAAGGCCAAAGAUGAAAUUCUGCAGGCCUGCGAGAACAAAGAUAGACAAAAGGUAGAGUACUUAUCUUUGGAUAUUACAGCAGAUUAUAAAGCUGUCGAGAAAGCAUUGGCUGAUCUGGAGAAUGUUAUGGGACCAAUUUACAUGCUUGUAAAUUGUGCCGGUUUUGCGCUCGCUUCUAAAAUAGAAGACACUUCCAUAGAGACCCUUGAUGCGAUGAUGCGCACGAAUUUCUUAGGCACGUAUUACUGCAUUAAGGCUGUGACGCCAAGAAUGAAAACUUCCAAAGAGGGAAUUAUUGUACUCGUGUCAUCUCAAGCUGGUCUCCUAGGUAUCUUUGGGUAUACCGCUUACUGCAGUACGAAAUUUGCACUUCGUGGCCUGGCGGAGAGCUUGGUGAUGGAACUGAAGCCGCACGGCAUCUCCGUUACUCUGUCUUUGCCGCCGGACACGGACACACCUGGUUAUGCCAUAGAAGAACUGUCAAAGCCGAUAGAAACAAAAGCCAUAGAACAGAUGGCAAAAUUAAAUCAGCCCGAGGACAUUGCUGAAAAAAUUCUUACGGAUGCGCUGGCAGGAAAUUUCUUUUCUACCGUUGGUGUGGAAAGUUUCGUAACGGCAACAUUGUGUGCGGGAAUGUCCCCGGUUCAAUCGGUUCGCCAGUUGUUAACGCAAGUGUUUCUCAUGGGCCCGUUUAGACUCAUUGGCGUGGGUCUUCUCGCCUAUUUCGACAGCGUCAUCGCAAAAUACUUAUGAAGCUUUUGAGAUUUUUAAGUAGGGAAAGAGAAAAGUAGAGGCUAAAGGUAAACAAAUUAAUCACAACAACGGUUUCACGCUUGUGUUAGAAAUCACAUAAUAAUUGGGGCCAUGUACGAGCAAAUACGGUUGUUAUUUAUAUAAUUUAUUAAAAUCUGACUACGGUACGUUUCGGUCUGACUUGACCUUCUUCAGCCGUAUGUUAUUAUUCUAACGUUACUUCUAAACCUUUACAUGUUAAAACUAUUCUAGGCGUAAUAAU